AUGCCAUUGAUCAUGGAGGAAGCUAUCAAUGUCGACGACCUCUUCGGUGAGGGUCAUUCCUUGGAUCUGGGGUUACCCCCGGCACCGGCCCCGCCCACCAAAGGGCUGCCCCAAUGUCUCGAUGAGAUGCGCCUGCUGGGCUGUCGCCAGAAGGUGGCUUGGUCCCGGCUAGGAGGCAUAGCCUACAUCGCCUCCGAUGGAGUGCGAGUAUGUGUGCGAAAUCUUCAGUCCCGUUCCUCAGAUGGAAAAUGGGUCUUAAGUGACGAGUUCCCUUUGGGCCCGGUCACUGAAGCCCAUAAUGGCAAUCAGCUGCUCCAUCUCUCCUGGAACGAUGCUGGGUCGGAGCUGGCCGUGGUUGACUGCUUGGGGCGAGUGUCUAUAUAUUCGGUCUUUAUGGCCUUGAAUAAUAUAACAGGCCUGCGCCAGGCAACCUAUGAUUCGAGUGACGAUAGUAAUCAGAUUGUCGGUCUGAUGUGGCUCAAUCCUGGUCGUCAGGUCCAUGCAUUUCAACAGGCAGCCAAACUAAACAAUAGAUGGGCGUAUUCACCAUUCCGCUGGCGUCCAACCCAUCCCUCUCACCCUGCGGGCAAAAGCUCCUUGAUCUCAGUCACUCGAGCAGGCCAGAUCAAAUUGAUGUACCAGAAUAUGGAUGGCAAGUGGGCAGAGGUCCCUGCAGAACUGAAGAAUACCGGGUAUUCAGACCGGUUGUUGACCCAUGCAGCAAUGGUCGCCACACAAGGAACAAUUUUGCUGGCCACUUACUCUGUAUGCCAGAAGAUCUGCUUAUACCGAGUAGAAGUCUCUUGGACCCCCAACAAAUGGGACCCCACUGCAAUCAGGAGCCCUAACAAAUGGCCGAUUCCUUCCCUCCGCCUCCUCCACUAUAAAAUCGAUAUGCCCAGCAGUAUUCUGAACGUCAACCUCGGUUCCGAAGAGCACUCGGAUCAACCUUUGCCAUUCCCCAACUCGGUCUACUCGUUGACCCGGCUGGAAGUCAUUCCAGGGCAAGUUGAUAGCCCUACGGGGCCAACUACUACUAGUCCUUGGAUUCUGGGAGUCUUCUCCAAGCCCCUCCAUGCCACGCCAGAAUAUCCAGAUCAGCAAGGCCCUCUCAGUGUGAUUGUUCGAUGGCAACUAGAUUCUGCACAACAAACAUUCCACCCCAAAUUCGACGAGGUUGCAUCGAAGAAGAGUAACGCACAGGCCAAGCCGAAAAUCGAGAUGCGUCGACUUGAAGACAUCCAUCUACACAAAUAUAUUAUCUCUGUGGACUUGAUAGAGCACGUUACAGCCCCUGCACUAGCACUUACCCAUGAUGAUAGCUCCAUCACAUUCUAUGAGACGAAGACCAUGACCGUUUUCAAUGGGAUGGAUGAUACCAACACGGUCAAUUGCUUUGCCCAGGCAGGAUUCCAAUACCCAAUGGAUACACCGGGUCUUUCUAUCGCAUUCUCUCCAAACUCCUGCGCUGCAGUGGCAUUGGACAGUGAGGGGCAGCUCAGAUUAAGAUGGAUGGAGCACACAUUCGGAUCCAGUGGUGGUCUUUACGACGAGAGUAAAUUCUCGGCCGCGAUUGCAGCAUUGACUCUGGCUUUUAGCCGAGGCUCUGGCAGUGAUGCCAAUACGGACGACAUUCUGAUGAUUGUCCUGGGUCAGCUAUCCCCUGAAAACCAAUCCACAUUUCUCAGCGAGGUAUACCGGGCGUUGUCGAUCAACUGCAACUUCACUAUCGAACAGGAAAAGCUGUUGACACAUGCGUAUAUCCCCCGAGCACUAAGUUUACAAGCUAGUCUGGGCUUCAAGGGAAGAAGCCACCCGCGAAGUCUGUCCUCGGCUAUCUCUUGGGCUAUCCUGCAGCUUCGACAUUCUUCAGUGCUGUAUGCAGCCUACUUCCAGAAUAGCAAGAACGUGCCCGCCGAGGCGCAUGAUUCAGGAAUUCUUCAUGCCCUCCUCGGAAACACGAGAUGGGCUCUCGAUUUCUCCCAUUACAUCCUCAGCGAGAUCUUCGAUCUAGCCGACGAUUUCGAAAACGUCCUCCAUGACUCGGAAGCAUUCACCCAAAAACUCAAAACAACAACCUCCCUCCCCCUCCUCAUCCUCCUCUCCAGCAUGUCCCGCGCCUUCAUGCGCUUCAUCUGCCGCGGCCUCCGCGGCGUCCGCAACGGCUUCGAACAAAUAAACCCCGCCAUGCUCGAACCCGAAUCCCGUUUCUACUACAUCGACAUCUGCCAAGCCCUCGAGACCUCCCCCGUCCGCGUGGACAUCUACGAAAAGUUCCUCGCAGGCGUUGACUCCGCCGUCAAACACGCCUACCAAGGCUCCGGCUUCGGAGACGCCGAACGACCAAGCCCGGAGAAAGAAUUACUCGUGAACGCGCCCGUUGAGACGCUGCUCAGUCAGACUGUGCCUUCGAUUCGGUCGGAGAUUAAUCGGAAGGAUAUCGUGCUGGGUGACUAUAGUUGGCUCGGGUUUGGGGAUGAUCCCCGAACGGUGGCGUAUCGGAAGCGUCGUGACGUUGAUAUCUUGAUGAAGCUGCCUCUGCGGCCUUUGGCUGCGAGUCUAGAUACUGCGGGACCAGCGCAGAUGUUAAGGAGACGUCGCUGUGUGCGCUGUUGUGAGGUCUCUGGGGAUGGGGGAAGGCCGAGGACGGGUCCUUGGACGAAGAUGAUGCAUCGGCUUAAUUUGCUUCGGAGUUGUGCUUGUGGUGGUGCGUGGGUUAUGGAGAUUCCUGGGACUGGUGUUGAAGGUGCGCAGGGUGCUCAGGCAUUGGCGUCGAGAGCUGUGGGUGUUAUUGGGUCAGGGUAG